AUGGAUGAAUAUAUAACAGCAAAGUCACUAAAUGAUAUUGGUUUAUUUGUUAAUUGUUCUGAAAGGAUUGAAUCUAUUAAACGAAUUGAAAUACUGCAAUCAUUGUGGAUUCCUGAACAAAAUUAUAAAUAUCCAACAAACAAUAAAAGAAAUCUAAAAUUCCAACACCAUUGGCUUUACAAAUGGACUUGGAUUGCUUACUCAAAAAUGUUUGAUGGCGCAUUAUGUAAAUAUUGUGUAAUUUUUAAUGAACAUGAAGGUGGUUCGGGUAGUCAAAAAUUGGGUAAAUUUGUUUUAACGACGUUUUCAAAUUGGAAAAACGCAAUAGAAGAAUUUAAUAAACACGAUAACAAUAAAUACCAUAAAAUGACAUUAUUAAAGUUUGAUUGUUUAAUGUCAGUGCCUAAUAAAACUACUGAUUCUAUUUUAAUACAACUGGAUAAAAAAUUUAAAUCUGAAAUAGAACAAAACCGUGCCAAAUUAAAACCAAUUAUUGAAACUGUUAUGUUUUGUGGCCGUCUAGGUCUACCUUUGCGUGGUCAUCGAGACUCAGGUCCAAUAGACUGUGACAAUCCUCCUGUUGAAAAUGAUGGUAAUUUUAGAUCACUCUUACGAUUUAAAGUUAUGUCUGGUGAUAUAAAUCUAGCUGAACAUUUAAAAACUGCUCAGGGAAAUGCAAGUUAUAUUAGUGCUGAUAUCCAAAACCAAAUAUUAACUUCUUGUUCAAAUUUAAAAUUAAAACAAAUUAUUUCAAAAGUGAAUGCUGCUAAAUGUUUCACUGUAUUAGCAGAUGAAACUGCCGAUAUAUCGGGAAUUGAGCAAUUUUCUCUGUGUGUACGUUAUUUUUAA